AACAUACAAUUUGUAUUUUAUUAAAAACCCAACAGCAAUAUUCUUCUGUCCUUCUGUAUUUGAUGAUCUUCCCCCACCAUUAUUCAACCUUUUCUCAUCUUCUCUCUCUUUAAUUCAACCCUAAUCCCUCUAAUCAUCUCUUUCUGUUUUUCUUUUUUAAUUAUAGUCAAGUAUUAGUAUUUCACCCGUUGCAAUCAGGGUUUCGUUCGAUUCUUUGUUUCUCGAAUCAAUAAUCUGCAGAAGAACCCACUUGUCUACUACUGAAUACUUGCAUUAUCUUCCAAAGAUUAUUAAAUCUUGGUCUUCCCCGGUCUGAAUUUUUCUGGGUUCUGACCGGCCAAGAAAAUGGUGAAUUCUGAGUUACAGAUGAAUCCUCAGAUGGAGCAGAUCCAUACCGAGAUUCAUGACAAUUUUCGAGCCCUCGCAAAUGGUUUUCAGAAGCUCGAUAAGGUUAAAGAUUCCAAUAGACAGAGUAAACAGCUUGAGGAACUCACAGGCAAGAUGCGAGAGUGUAAGAGACUAAUCAAGGAAUUUGAUCGUGAAAUCAAAGAUGAUGAGAGCAAAAACUCGCCCGAGGUUAACAAACAACUGAAUGAUGAGAAACAAGCAAUGAUCAAAGAAUUAAACUCGUAUGUGGCCUUGAGAAAAACUUAUAUGAGCAGCCUCGGCAACAAAAAAGUUGAACUGUUUGACAUGGGUGCAGGAGCUAGUGAACUAGCUGUUGCUGAAGACAAUGUUAGAGUAGCUUCAACAAUGUCGAAUCAGGAACUUAUAAAUGCUGGGAAGAAUACAAUGGAUGAAACCGAUCAAGCCAUUGAGCGAUCCAAGCAGGUGGUUGCACAGACACUUGAAGUUGGUACACAAACCGCGGUUACCUUGAAGGGACAGACUGAACAAAUGGGGAAAAUUGUGAAUGACUUGGAUACGAUUCAAUUUUCAAUCAAGAAAGCCUCCCAACUUGUUAAGGAGAUUGGCAGACAGAUGGCGACAGAUAAAUGCAUCAUGAUUUUUCUCCUCUUCAUCGUCAUUGGUGUAAUAGCAAUAAUUGUUGUCAAGAUUGUGAACCCUAACAACAAAAGCAUAAGAGACAUCCCGGGGCUCGCCCCGCCAGCUCCCACUGGUAGGAGGCUGUUGCAUAUCGAAUCAUGGUGAAAUUAUUACGGGUGAAGAAGAAUUGUUUUUACUAUAUAUGAGGUGCUGCUGCUGUUGUGUUCUAUAUGUUUAAUUUAUUCUUUCGAGUGGUCUCUUUAUUAUUUUGUGCAUAAUUUGUUGUUUUAAUGAGCAGAUUGCUUUGUAAUGUAAAAAUCUUAUUUUUGAGGGUUUUUUUAUUCACAUCCAAAAGACUUCUUAUUU